AUAUGGAUUGUAUUUUGAAGGACAAAAGAUUUACUUUAAAAAAUUUUGAAUCCUGGUACUUUACUGAUGCUUUUCUAAUUAAAACUAUCACAGAAAAAGAGAAGACUUACGUUAUUAAAAUCAAAUGUAAGUUAUGUGAUCUUCAUGAAAAUAAAAUAUUACCCAAAACCAAUGGUGCCCUAAGGACAGCUGCCCUACGGUUUGUAAAUGACACAAUUCAUGUUAAAAUAUUUUAACAUCUUACUAUAUUUUAUUUAAGUUGGUAUAGAGGUCAAAGCCGCCGCUAUUAGCGAAAAGCCGCCGCCACUUGUACCUACUUUUUACAGCCGCCACUUUUGCGAUAUUAGCAACUACUAAGCCGCCAAUCGAACAAUAUAUUCAGCUGCAGCCGAUUUCAAAGUCACUAUUGUUGGAUGGAAGAAAAAAAAGAAGAGUUUAAUAACCCAAAGUUCGCUUGUAUAACUUAAAAGCAGCAAGAUAUUUGGAGAAUCUUUUUUUGUGUGUGCAGCUUUUUGAUUUGCUAUUUAAAUUUUCUCUAAGAUGAAAUAGUAACGACACACUCCUCCUUUAUAUAAGUACAUCAACGGCCGCCACUUGUUUCAUAUUUUAAAUAUUCUUGGCUUAUAAUGAUUUUUUAUCGCUCUAACAUUUUUCAACUUAAAUUAGCCGAAUUAAACACAAACAGAGUUUUACUAUUACUUAGUAAUGGAUCAAGAAGAAUCUCGAAUUUCACAUAACAGUUCUUUAAAAUACUUGAACAUCAAACUGUGCAGCUCAUUUAAAAAAACAACCAUAGAUUGAUCAUUAGUAUGGAAAUACUAUGGUCAAAUAUUGACACAAAAUUGUAAAGUUAUCGGCGAUGAACAUUAUUACUGUAGCGAAUGUUUUUUGAUAGAAAAAAAAAAAUUUGAGUCCUCAGGUGCAGGCCAUUUAUCGAAAAUUCACAAGGUUAAGAUUUCCACAUCAAGCAGUAAUUUGAAAAAUCAUCUAUUUCUUGUUCACAAAGUAGUAACAGACAAACCGGCCGUUGAAGUGAAAAAUGAUCAAAUUUUACGUAGAUGGUGCAGUAGCUCUAUAGCUAGUUCAUCAAAAUAUGAUAUAAGUCGUGAUCUUGUCCUUUGGUUUUCUACAGAUCUGCUACCAUUUUCUCAUGUUGAUAAUGAAAGGUUUAAAAAGUUUUUUGAAAAAAACAUUGGGUUAAAACUUCCCACAGGUUCUGCUGUGAGUCAAGUAGCAUUACCUGAUAUGUACAAAUCUUUAAGGCGAUCAAUAUUGGAAAGUUUAAAAGAUAUUGCAGCAACAAUAUUAUUUGAUGGUUGGACUGACAAGCACAAAAAAAUUAAUUAUAUGGGUCUGAAGUGUUCCAUUAUUAAUGAAAACUGGCAUAAAAAAUUUUUUACCUUGGCUUGUUUGCCUUUAGAAAGUCAUACAGGUAAAAGUUGUCAUAAUUUUAUCAAAGACAUGGUUCAAGAAUUUUUUCAGAGGCGUUGUAGAGAUAUGAGGCUACAUACUGUACACGACGGUGCAGCGAAUACGAUGAAAACAUCUAAACUUUUAGGCUGAACUGAAGUAAAAGACAUUGAUGAUUUAGAGCAGCAAUUUCCCAUUCAAAUUUAUGAUGAAGCAAACAUGAUUGAUGCAAAUAAUUUAGAUAUUGCUUGUAAAGAAAAAUUUGAUGAUAAUUUUAUAAAAAGACACCAUAGAAGUCUGAAACAGCAAAUACGCACAAGAUGGAACAGUGCUCUCUUUAUGAUAGAAUCAAUUAACCAAUUAUUAGAUCCUGUAGAAAUUUUACUCAAGAAAUGUGGUAGACAAGACCUUUGUUUAGAUAAUGAAGAACAAGCCUUGAUUUCAGAAUUGGUUAAAUUUUUAAAACCAUUUGAAUCAUUAACCUGUGUGGUCAGUGCUGGAAAUUCGCUUUCUAUUUUGCCAUUAGUUAAACACAAAAUACUAAAACUACUUUCAAUUAAUUCUUGUGAUUUGAAUGAAAUAAAAAAGCUAAAGGAAUGUUGCUCUAAAAAAAUUGACCAAAGACUUAAGUUAUCAACUUCUGCAAAACUAUGCUGUUUUUUAGAUCCAGCCACAAAAAUUUUAUAUACAACAGAUGAAAUAAAGGAAAGUUUGUUGGAGAAUGCAUUAAACAUAAAAGUGACCCAAUUAGAUUUAAUUCAAGUUAUAUCAGAGUCAGAAAAUGAUAAAGAUUCAAAAUCAGGUCCUAGUGCUAAGCGACAACUACUUCAAGAGAUGAAGAAAAGUGUUACUUCUGCAGAAAAAAAUUAUCAAAUUGAUUCGGAAGUAGAGCAAUUUAUAUCUCAUAUACUUACGACAGAUGAAGAACUGGAUUGUUUAUUGUUUUGGCGAAAUCAUCAUGCAAAGUAUCCACACUUAGCAGUGCUUGCAAAAGAGUAUUUUAGCAUACCAACCUCGAGUGUAUCAGUGGAAUCCAUGUUUUCAUUAACUGGAUUGAUUUUGAACUCAAGAAGAAGCAAUUUAAGUUCUUCCAAUAUGAACAUGACUAUCUUUAUUCAUGACAAUAUCAGUCUUAUUUGAUUUUUAACUUUAAUUGAAAAAAAAUAAUUUAAACUUAAA